AUGCCAAUCCCUCCUCCCCCGCCACCACCGCCAGGCCCCCCGCCGCCUCCCACCCUCAGCGAGGCGAACACUGAGCCACCGAAGCUGAGCCGGGAGGAGCAGCGAGGCCGUGGAGCCCUCCUGCAGGACAUCUGCAAAGGCACCAAGCUGAGGAAGGUGACACAGAUCAAUGACCGGAGUGCACCUGUCCUGGAGAAGCCCAAGGGCGGCGGUGGUGGUGGUGGCUACGGCUGUGGCUCCGCUGCCAUCCAGCCCAAGGGUGGCCUCUUCCAGGGCGGUGUGCCCAAGCUCAGACCCGUGGGAGCCAAGGAGAGCUCAGACAGCUCUGGUAAGCAAACCCUGCAAGUGCCCGGUGCCAGAGCAGCCGCCCCCAGGCCGCCGGUACCGGCCAGCAACAGCCGACCUCAGGAUGACGCCGACAACAGCCGGGGCUCUCCGCCGGAGCUGCCGCGCACGCAGAGGCCUUCCCUGCCGGACCUCUCCCGGCCCAACACCGCCGGCGGCACCGGCAUGAAGCACAGCUCCUCCGCCCCACCGCCGCCGCCGCCUGGCCGCCGAGCCGCCGCCCCUCCUGCCCCCCCUCCGGCACACGGUACCAAGGGCAACUCCUACAACCGGGAGAAGCCUCUGCCGCCCACCCCGGGACAGCGACUGCCCGCCGGCAGGGACGGACCCCCGGCCCCGCCCCCCAUCAAACCCCCUCCCUCCCCAGUCAGUAUCCGAACAGGGUCGGGAGCUCAGGGCCAGUCUCUCGCCCCCCCACCCCCUCCUUAUCGGCAACCUCCCGGUGUCCCCAACGGCCCUUCCAGCCCCGUCAACGAGUCCGCCCCGGAGCUGCCGCAGAGACACAACUCCCUGCACAGGAAGACGCCAGGGCCCCUGCGGGGGCUGGCCCCACCGCCACCUGCUGCCUCCCCCUCUCUGCAGAGCAGCCGCCCCCCGCCGCCAGCCAGAGACCCCCCGAGCCGCGGAGCAGUCCCUCCGCCCCCUCCGCCGAUGCUGCGCAACGGGGGGCGUGACGCCCCCCCACCCCCACCCCCCUACAGACUGCACCCCUCUGCCGAGCCCCCCAGCCGGGGGAAGCCACCGCCACCGCCCACCAGGACCCCGGCUGGGCCCCCACCGCCACCACCUCCCGUGCGGAACGGGCACCGGGACUCCAUCUCCACUGUCAGAGCAUUCCUGGAUGACUUUGAAUCCAAAUACUCCUUCCAUCCUGUCGAAGACUUCCCAGCCCCAGAGGAAUAUAAGUACUUCCAGAGAAUCUACCCCAGCAAAACAAACAGAGCUACGCGUGGAGCCCCCCCGCUGCCCCCCAUCCCCAGGUGAAAGCAGGUCACAGGGGCAGAUUGUUCCUGAGCAGAGAGAUGAGCUCCUUCCCCUUCCUGUGCCGGGGCCUUCUCCACCUCCCAGCCCCCGAGGACCCUGCAUGAGACACUCCCAGCAUCUUCGGCUCUCCCAGCGGCACCAGGACGAGCAGAUCCCCCCCAGCCCAGCUCUCUCCACCAGCCCACCCUCACCUGCAGGUCCCCCCCGGGGACUCCUUGACCUUGCUGCUGAGCCCAGCUGGGUCCUUUCCUCCUCACUGAUCCCAGGGCCAGCCGCAGCAUCAGGACUUGAGGCAGAGGCUGAGCCGUGCCCAGCUGAUUGUUGGGACCAGAAGUGGUGGCUCAGGGCCUAGCUCCUGAGGCAUGGAGAGGAGCUGGGGUAGGUCAGGACA